GCUGCACACUCUUCGGUCCGUUAAUUAAUCUGUUAAAGUCUGGACUGACAGAAGACGAAUAAAUACAGAAGACAAAGCCUGAAAAUAUCAACUUAGCAUUAACAAACUGACCAGUCUAAAAUCUGACUGACUCUACUUCUUUACCAAGAACUAAAGGCUCCCAGUAGGAUGUCUGCUGCUGCCCUGGAAGAAGAUGAGCUGCCUGCCAUCCAAACAGGUCCAAAAGGUGUAAUUAAUGACUGGCGAAGGUUUAAGUUGGACAGUGUGGAUCAAAGUGCCCCUCAAAACAAGCGAGAGCUGCUCAGACAAAUGUCCACUCCUCGAGAGGAUGACAAAGAGAGACUCAACAGAAAGAUGAGCGUUCAGGAGUAUGAACUUAUCCAAGACGAGGACGAGCAGUGUCUGAAACGCUACCGAAAGCAGUGCAUGCAGGAUAUGCAUGAGCGCCUGAGCUUUGGUCCCAAGUUUGAAUGUGUCCACGAGCUUGAGAGUGGAGAAGCCUUCCUGGAAGUGAUAGAACAGGAGCAUCGGUUGACCCUGGUGGUGGUUCACGUCUACCAACAUGGUGUCAAAGGCUGUGAGGAGAUGAACUCGUGUCUGGAGUGUCUGGCGUCAGAAUACCCCAGCGUUAAAUUUUGUCGCAUUGAUGCCGUGGCAACAGGGGCUGCUGAGCGCUUCUCCUCUGAGGUUCUUCCUGCCCUGCUGGUGUACAAAGCCGGUGAAUUACUGGGUAACUUCCUGGCCAUCACCAAACGUUUUAGUGAGGAGUUCUUUGCGACAGAUGUUGAAGGGUUUCUCAAUGAAUAUGGCCUUUUGCCUGAGAAAGAGUUUGCUGCAUGCGGUGAUGAAGAAGAUGAGGCAGUGGAGUAAAAGGAAAAAAGGAAAGAGAAGGGAGGAAAAUGAGGCCAUACCUAGGAAGGGAGUGGAUAAGAAUAAGGUAGGAAGAAAAAUAGGACGAAUAUAACAGUAAAAGGAAAAGAAGAGUAGAUGAGAAAAGAAGGUGGCAAAAGAUGUUUCAGUCACGACACAAAAAUAAAGAAAAGAUAUGCACAAAACACUGCUUAGUCAACAUCCAGCACUGCAUGCUGUAUGUCAAGUAUAUUUAUAUAUAGAAGCAUUUAGGUGUAGAGCAUGGGAUGUGAGGGAAUCUGUGCUGAAAUACUGCUUGGUAUUCAUGUAAAAGCUGUUGAAUAAAAUGUGUUUACCAAAGU